UUUAGAGUAAGUAUCGUAAAUAUGUAUAUGUAUAUAUUAUUUUUUGUAUUGCUUCUAACAAAAUUUUAGACUUGGUCUUUAAUUUAUAAUCAAUCUUUAUACAGGAUGUAACAAAGUUACGCUGCGAAACUUUAGGAAUGGAUUUCUCAUGUGUAGAAACAAAAAAUACAAGAUAACGUUCCAUCAAAAUGGAUUACUUUUGUAUAAGAUUUCGAAAUAGGAUCUUAUAAUUAGUGUACAGAAGAAAUGGAAGAAAUGUUCAUUUCUAUUAUUUAACAUAAGAUAUUAGCUGCUAUGAGUAAACUUUUCGAGAUAGGUUAAAAUAUAUCCCGAUCAUGCAUAAAGAGCUAAGCAAAAGGGUGGGAGAGUUUUUAAUUCAAAUCUAAUCCCAAAAGGUUUUAAAGUUGCAUUAAAAUUUCGGGUACCUCAAAGAUUACAUUCGCCUUUGUCCGAAUUCUAAGAGAAUUGCGUUUUGAUGGGGGAACAUUUUAAGUUCAUUUGUUUCAACGCAUUUCAUUGGUUGAAAUCCAACAAUCAAAUGCGUGCGCGUUCAUAUAUCACCUUGAAUCUAACGGUCGACGUUAAACGCGUAUAACCUAAUUCAUGAGAUCAUACUUGAAGGAUUUAGAUAUUAAAAUAUUUUCGGAAAAGUAAUCAUUGAUAGAAUCUAUUUUUAUUAUCUCUCUCUAUUUACGUAUAAGUGGGGGAUCCAUUUCUAAACUUUUAUCGCGUAAUUUUGUCACACUCUGUAUCAUAAGCGUGAGCGUUCGAUCGAGGAUGAGAUACGUGAAAUAGUUAUUGCAUUUUUCUUUUCUUUAUUUUUCAUUUUUCUUUUCCCAGCGAAACGUUUGCUACACGUCCGAUGCAUCUAGCACGAUGUCCGAGGUUCCAGGGAAACGAAGAAGAUAAUUAAUUAAUUAAUUAAUUACGAUAAUUAAUUGAACGCGUCGUAUUUUUAGCAGUAUAAUUUUGAUCAAUAUAGAUGUGUACUCGUAUAGACCGAAGUAUAAAUGUAGAUCUUUUUUAUAGAAAAAGAAAAAAAAAAAAAAAGAGAAAAAGAAAAAAAAUAAAGGAGUAAAUUGUCUCGUCGAGAAAAUAAAAAUGACGAUCGUCGAUGCAUUCUACCAGUUUCGAACGUAGUAAGUGCGUGCUCGUUACCGCGUUUUUUUGAAACGGAAGGAAAAAGGAGAAAAGGUAAAAAGGAAAAAAAAAACGAAAAUAAAUAAAAAAAAAAAAAAAAAAACCGAACAAAGUGAAAAACGAAACGAAACGAAACAAAAGAAAAUAAAUAGAAUAAAGGGAAAAAACAAAUACGGCAAAGAUCAACGUGUAUUACACGAUUCAACUGCAACUUGUUGCGAGCAUUAAAGAAGAGAGGAAGGGAUCGAAAGUAACGAAUACCGGCAUUGCCAUUGGUCGAGACGGAGAAGGAUAGAAGAGUGAGAAGGAUAUAGGGAGCAUGAGAGAGAGAGAGAGAGAGGGUGAGAAGCUGCGCGAACUGGAUGCGCCAUCUUGAAUUAAUCGAGUAGUUGGAAGAGCGGAGGGGAUGUCAGUCUCGUGCAGCACAUCGUUGGUGGUGGAUCGUGUACGGCUUUUACUUUUAUUACGAGAAGGAACUGGAUAAGGGUCUCGCGCGUUAUAUUCGGUAACGGACAUUUUUUCUUUCGAUCGGUAUCAAGACAAAUAGAGAGAGAAGAAAGAAAAGAGACAAAAAUUGUUUCGAUAUAUUUGUGCGAUGCGUCGUCAUCUAAGUGAAAAAUUAACGUUCGAAGAUAAUCAACGUCGAAAACCGAACGAAUAUUUCGAAUCAAAUACGAAACGCGAUCGUCGAAGUUUCCUUUAAUCGUGAUUGAAUUAAAUUUUUGUGAAGACAUUUUUUUUCCAAAUGAAACAAAUCAAUAACGUUUCGUUAUAAUUUUCAAAUAUAAACGAGACGAUCUUUUUCUAAAGUGAUAUUAUCGUUCGUAUUCGUGGACAACGAUAUCGACGUUUCUCUUUCGUUUUUUUUUUUUUUUUGUUAUAGACAUUUUAUGCGUUUGAAAUUUUGGCGCGUAAUAGAACGAGAAUUUGAACGUUAUGAGAAGCACUAUGGAUGAACGGCCUGUCAACGUUCCUCGAAAUAUUUCAAUUCAGUUCAACGAAGAAUAAUCUUGACGAAUCCAUACAUAUACAUAUAUAUAUAUAUACAUAAUUCUUGAAAUAAUUAAAACUUGUAUUGACAAGUAAGUAAAUCGUGUGUGGUGACGCGCGCGUGCGGUGUGGGAGGAGAGGGAGGGAAAGAGAUAGAGACGUUUGAACUUUUUUCAUUCGAAUAAGUGCGAAAGCCCGCGCGAAACAUUUGAAAGCGUACGUUUUGGCGCGUUUUCUAAAGAGAACGUUGGGAGAACACAUUGAUCGCGUAUCAACGGCGAUUGGCGUGCAUUUUAUCAAAUCAUACGAGAAUAUCUUUUGAAGAAAAAAGAAAACAAGAAAUAGAAAAGAAAGGACAAACGGUAACAACAAUUUUUCGACAAAUCUUUUCAUAAAUUUUACGUAACGUAAUCGUACUUAACUUAUUUGUGUCAUAUUUUUUUCGAACUUUUUUUUAUUUCUUUUUAUUGCACUUUUUUGUAGUUCCCCCUUAUCCAUAUCGGGCGCGUUCGCGCGUAUGUAUACGUGUGUUCGUUUGUGAGAUUGUGCAAAUAAUCGAAUCGCGUUAGUGUUUUAUUAAUGUGUAUGUGUGUGCAUGUGCUCGCGUGUGCGUUUGGCCCGGGAAGAAAAAAAAAUUAAAUAAGAAAGACAGAAAAGAAAAGUAACUGAAGUUUGUCACAUGUGAGAGAGAGAGAGAGAGAGAGAGAGAGAGAGAGAGAGAGAGAGAGAGAGAGAGAGAGAGAGAGGGAGGGAGAGAGACAAGGGUACACAUAUACGCAUACACAUACGUAAAACAUAGCCAAGAACAGUAGCCGCAACAUGGAAGCGGGCGAUUCCAGGAAACUGUCUCUUCUGCUAUGCCUUCUCCUUAUUUUCGCGAACGUCUUACAAGAUGGCAACGGCGAAGUCGAGGAUCUCGAAUCGGACGUACAGGAUUACAAUACCGAGGAGGAUUACAACGAUGUCUUCGAUUCGACGAUGAACGGAACCGACGUGGACGCGAGCACUGGCAGCAAAAGUGGUACUUUGAAGUUUGUCAGGACCCUCUCGAAUAUAUCGAAGGACGAAGGUGGCGUAGCUCAUAUGCGUUGCGAGGCAGUUGGUGAUCCACCACCUAUCAAAAUACGUUGGUAUAAAAAUGAAGCACCUCUUGAAGAGAAACGACCGAAGAUCACGAUUAGGAAGAUUCAUGCUCAGGCACACGAGCACGCAGCUAAGAAUAUAGCCGGUAGUCGUCUUAAGAUCACUAACCUCGACGUUUCCGACGUUGGAUUUUACUCGUGUCGCGUGACCAAUGGUAAAGAUCAGAUUCAAAGCGAGGGUACCUUAAGGGUCGAUUCAACACAGAAAUGGCAAGCUCCAGUUAGUCCCAUUGUACAUUCAGAUAACCCAACAUUGGACACCGACGAAUUUUCAUCCGGUUUACCCGCUGGAUCUAGUUUUAUCGAUGGGAUGGAUAAUACAAACAGACUGGAUAUCUCAGGGAUUGGUAUGUCAACACCACACAUCUCUCAUUUGGCACCCACAAAUUCUUUAAAUAUAUUAUCGCCCAGUCCACAACCGACUAGUUCUCAGUCUAGCACCGUGGAUUUUAGUACAUUCAGUGGCCUUAAAAACGUCAAUAUGCAAGUACCAUCAGGUAUGGUAAAUUUUGCUGGAUUUCCAGGUAUUAAUGCAAUACCUGGGAAGAAAGACAAUCAUGAAGGAACUUGUGAGAUCUACGUGGGUAAAACCUGUGCACAAUUUGUUGGAAAUCAGACCGUUUACAUUUUGUAUCCAAUGACUCAAAAAUUGCUCGAAGACAAAUUGAUCCAAGCUUUUGGUGUUAUAAACUUUUCAAAUGAUUUAUCUUCCAAUUGUGAAAGCUACGCCAAACCAUCUUUAUGUUACUCAACAUUUCCUAUUUGUCGAAACCCACCAAAUAAUCCAAAACCAAAGAAUAGUGAAUUCUCAGAAUUCAGUAGUAAAUUGUUUAAUCGUCUUCAGUCUAAUCAAGAUGAACAUUUGGAGGAUGGUGAUGGAGAGGAUAUGUUAGAUGAUUAUACAAGAACGCAUGGACUUCCUAGAAAAAGAAGUCCUACGUUAGGUCCUGGUUUUGAGUUCAAUCCAAGCAAAGAGAGAAAAGGAAGCAAUCAGAAAAUAAUAAAUCAAAGUUACGGAGAUAGUCGUUCGUCCAAUAAAAACGAAAUGAAUCGAAAAUUACGAAGAAUAUGUCGGGAGGAAUGUGAACUGUUGGAAAAUGAAUUAUGUAGGACAGAAUAUGCGAUUGCAAAAAGACAUCCAUUAAUUGGACAAGUGCCUUUACUCGAAUGCUCUGAUUUACCACUUAAAGGCAGUCCAGAAGCUCAAGAUUGUUUAAGCGUUGGUAUAUCUACAAAAAAUAAUGUACAAGAAAACGAUUACUGUUUUUGGGGCAAUGGAGAGUCUUAUCGUGGUACAGUGAAAACAAGCAUUAGUGGUAGGCCUUGCUUGAAAUGGUCUCAUCUAAUAAUGCUUCACAUUUCUAAUUAUCCCGAAUUAGCUGGGCGACAUUCAUAUUGUAGAAAUCCGGCUGGUCAAGAAAUACAGCCUUGGUGUUUUGUUGAUGCUAAUAAUAGAACGCAAAAAGAAUUUUGUCAUAUACCUAAAUGUGUUGAAAAUUUGUGGAUUUAUGCGGUUGUUGGUUUUGUACUAAUGGGAGGGUUUGUUACUAUAAUAAUUUGUUAUUGCUGUUGCUACAGAAGUAGAAAGUCCAGAAGACAAAUGAAUCACUUACCCUCAAAUAAAAUGUUGACUGGAAUACAAUGCGACAAAAACAUAUACGAUGGAAGACGCAGUACUACACAACCUAUGGAAAUGAGUUCUCUUUUAGCUGGACCAGGCAACACGACUCCAGGUACAGGGACAUUAAGUAGUGGUAGUAGUAGAACCUCGAAUAACAGAGUACCACAAUUUACCACAAAUAAUGUGGUAUUAUUGCAAGAACUUGGAGAGGGUGCUUUUGGAAAAGUAUAUAAAGGAGAACUGCAGACUGGCAAUAAAUGUGAACCACCUAUAUAUGUCGCCGUAAAGACAUUAAAAGAGAAUGCAAGUCCAAAAACACAGAGUGAUUUUAAAAGAGAAGUCGAUCUAAUGACGGACCUUCGACAUCCAAAUAUAAUCUGUUUGUUAGGUGUUAUAUUGAAAGGUGAACCAAUGUGUAUGCUGUUCGAAUAUAUGACACAGGGGGAUUUGCACGAAUUUUUAAUCUGUCAUUCGCCAAGAUCAGAUGUUCCAUUGAACAAUGUAACUGGAAAGAUAUUGGAGCAACCAGAAUUUCUUCAUAUCGCAUUGCAAAUAGCAUCCGGCAUGGAAUAUUUGGCGAGCCAUCACUAUGUCCAUCGUGAUUUAGCUGCUAGAAAUUGUCUAGUAGGAGACAAUCUCACCGUGAAAAUCUCCGAUUUCGGAUUGUCACGUGAUAUUUAUAGCAGUGACUAUUACAGAGUUCAAUCUAAAAGCUUAUUGCCAGUACGAUGGAUGCCACCGGAAUCGAUUUUGUAUGGUAAAUUUACUACGGAAUCGGACGUUUGGAGUUUCGGCGUUGUACUAUGGGAAAUUUAUAGUUACGGUUUGCAGCCAUAUUACGGAUAUAACAAUCAAGAGGUAAUCGACAUGAUACGUUCUCGUCAAUUAUUACCAUGCCCAGAGGAUUGUCCAACGAUGAUAUAUAGUUUGAUGAUAGAAUGUUGGCACGAGGUAGCCAAUCGAAGGCCACAAUUUCCAGAGAUUCAUCAUCGCCUACACAAUUGGUAUAUGAAUCAAACUUAUUUGAGCGACUUUUGCAAUGAAUCGAUUACGAGUUAUUCGGGGAGCAGUCACAAGAGUACCAAUAAGACAAAUUCAACGCAACUCUCAGCUCCUAUAUACAAAGCCGCUGAUCAAAAGGAACAAUUGUUUAAGACCAAUAUGGAUUCAUUGGUAUGCAAUUUAAAUGAUCACAAUAAUGCAUUGAAGUUGCACCAACAACAAAACUUUUCAAAUCCGGAAUCCAUCGUCGAGCAAAGAACUGCUUCUAUUUUUAACGAUCACAGUAAUACACCUAACAAGACUGUUAAUUAUCAAUCGCAAACUAAUAAUGUUAAUUUAAACGAUUACGAUGAUAACAAACAGUGUUGCUCGCCGAAAUUGAGCGGUGCGAAAAAAGUUUUACCAUCAGUUCCUCAACCGAUAAUAGGUAAAACGACAAAUGCGUCGAAUGGCACGAGACCAAUGCAAAAUGGUGCACAAUUAGUCGUCAGGUUACCAGAUCCGAGUAAAGUAACUACCGAAACCAGGGUAUCUAAGUGAAAGAGGAAAGAAGAAAAAACGUAAACAAACAAAAUCGAUGAUCCUAAAGGACAUUACGAAAGGAAACAUUUAUUAUUCUAACGCAUUUAAGCGUUUUCACGAUUGAUGUGAAAUCGCGUUUCGAAAUAAGUCCACGUUUUUAUCGUAAUAUAUAUGUGUAUAUAUAUAUAUAUAUAUAUACAUAUAUAUAUAUAUACAUACGUGAUCUUUUUAUGAAUUAUAUUUACUUAGCUCGGAUAGGAUGACUCGUUCUUUUUUUUUUAUCGUCAUCUUUUUUCUACGAACGAAAUAAAAACGUUUUCUAUACGCGUUUAAGCCCCCAUAUGCUCUCAACUUCCCCCAUCCAGUAACUCUAUUCAAAAGAAAUAUUUCAUAUUAAGUUACCCCUCCGACCGCGGAUGAUUUUAAUAUAUAUAUAUAUAUAUAUUUUUUUUUUUUUUUUAUUUGUAAAAAACAUCAUGGGUGAAUUUUAUAUAUUUUCUGUAGGUUUAUAUAUAUAUAUAUAUAUAUAUCUGUGCGUGCAUCUGUAUGUGUGUGUGCGUGUGUGUAUGUAUCCGCGUGUGUGUAUAUGUGUGAUAAGCAUUUCAUAAAAGCAAUAUUAUUUAGAAGCAUAACUGAUGAAAUAACGUAUCUCUAUAUAUCUCAAAUACAUGAAAUAAAAUGUAUUAAUUGAAAUAUUAUACAAAUUCAAUACUAGGGGAUUAAUAGGCCUCGCUAAAAAAAAUUCAAAUUUUAAUGUAAAAUAAUUUAAAAAAAAAAAAAAGAAAAGAGAGAAUUUUGUUUGUUAAUCCGCGAAGGGAGGGGUAUAUAUUAAGUAUAAACGUCAAUGAACGUGAAAUGAAUGAUAAUGUCUUUAUCAUUAUCAUAAUACAUCCUUUAAAAAUAAUCUAAUGGUAUUUAAAUAAUGAAAUUAUUAUUUCUUCAUAUAAUAACGAUAUCGUGCUUUCUUCUAUUUUAUAGAUAUGCCAAAAUAUUUAUAUCGAAUUGAAUAUGGACUGAAUCGCAUCGGAUAAAUUAAUAAUCAUAGCAUUUGAUAAAAAUAUCUAAGAUAUAUGAAUCUAUCCUUGGAUAUAUUUAUCUCUAAUAAGGAUAUAAUUAUAUGAAAUUUUUUUUACACCGAAUUUUUCUACCUUCGAUUGAUCUAUUUAUAAUAUUAAAAAAAAAAGGGAGAAAAAAAGAAAAAAAAAAUUGGAAAAAAAACAAAACGAAAGAAGUAAAAAAGGGAGAAAGGAAGAAGAGAAAGAAAACAAAGGCUGGUUUUAUAUCGUUUCCUUUUUAUAUUAUUAUUAUUAUUAUUAUUAUUAUUAUUAUUAUUAUUGCAAUAAGAGGUUGUGAAGCGAUUCGACUGUUGUAUUAUCACGUAUGCAUAUGAUUGUGUUUAAUACGUGUUAUGAUAUUAAGUUUUCUAUAAAAAACGAAACGUACACUCACAUAUUUCUCGAUAUAUAUGUACAUUAACUAUAUAUAUAUAUAUAUAUGUGUGUGUGUAUUUAUAUACAAACAUAUAUAUAUAUAUAUACAUAUACAUAAUUCGUUCUUUUGUAUGCGUAUACACAUAAUUAGCGUUGCUGCAUUCUUCUCCUCCAUAAUCCUAAGAACGAAACAGAUUUAUAUUUUAAAAAAGGUAUCGUCAUGGUACGUCUUAAAGCUAAUCGAUCGAUCAAAUAUGAUAAAUGUACUGAUAAAAAAAAAAUGUGCUAAUGAAAAAAAAAAAGAAAAAGAAAAGAAAAGAAAACAACCAUAAGGAAGAGCUAUUGCCCUCGUAAAAUAGCGAACGAUGUUAAAAUUUAAUGCUGUCGUUUGUGUGUAUAAAAAAAAAAGAAAAAAAAAAAAGAGAAAAAAAAUAAGAAAGAAAAAAGGAAAAAAAGGAAAAAAAAAAGAAAGAGAAAAAAAAAGAAAAAAAAAAAAGAAAACCCGAUAAUUAAUGCGAUUUCAUACCGUGUAUGUGUAUAGAACGUAGAGCGAAUAAUAAUUUUUAAAAUGCUCUAAGAUAAGAUCUUAGAAUUUGUUAGAGAUCGUCUAACAUAAGUGUUUCGAGCGAGAGUGUGACUGAUUGAUAUUGUAUUAUACAAAUUUUUUUUCUCUUUUUUUUUUUUUUCUUUUUCUAAUCAUUUUUCUAUUACGAGAAACGUUAGAGAUCGUUCCGUCAGGGUUUUAAAGAAACGAGAAAGAAAAUCGAGAAAAAAAAGGAGAAAAAAGAAAAUAACUAUUCAAUCUAAUCCAAUCUAAUUCGAUAGAAUGAAAGAGAAAAAAACAAAGUGACUGCCUGGAUUUUUUAAAUUGUAAGGAAA